UGUCAAAGAACAUGGUGGAGAGUUUGUUGGUGCCAAGUUUUAGAGUUGGGUAUCCGGUGAUCACGGAUGCGCUUGAUAGUCUCUACGAGAGGGUCAAGCCAAAGGGUGUUACCAUGACAGUAUUGUUGGCCAAGGCCGCAGCUAUGGCACUUGCACAGCAUCCAGUUGUGAAUGCAAGCUGCAAGGAUGGAAAGAGCUUCACUUACAAUAGCAACAUUAACAUUGCGGUGGCAGUGGCAAUUGAUGGAGGAUUAAUCACUCCUGUUCUACAAGAUGCUGAUAAGUUGGAUAUCUAUUUGCUUUCUCAAAAAUGGAAAGAAUUGGUAAGCAAAGCUCGUUCUAAGCAGCUUCAACCAAAUGAAUACAAUUCAGGAACUUUUACUCUGUCAAAUUUGGGUAUGUUUGGAGUGGACAGAUUUGAUGCCAUACUUCCUCCUGGCCAGGGGGCUAUUAUGGCUGUUGGAGCAUCAAAGCCCACUCCAGUGGCUGACAAGGAUGGUUUCUUCAGUGUGAAAAGUAAAAUGCUGGUGAAUGUGACAGCAGACCACCGAAUUGUCUACGGUGCUGAUCUAGCUGCCUUCCUCCAGACAUUUGCAAAGAUCAUUGAAAACCCUGACAACCUCACACUGUAGAUCUGCCACAAUCGUUUCACACAUCUCCAAGUAGACUUGGUUUUUUUUUGACAUCUAUAAGCAUGAAAGGAAUUUUGAUGAUACGCAGCAUGACAACGAUUGAAGUCUUUAAAAAUUCCUAGUCAUUUUGGUUGUGUUCUCUGUAGAAGUAAAUCAGGACUUUUUGUGUCAGGCUUAAAUUUUCGCAAUGUUUCCUGGCGAUCCGUUCUAUAUCUUUAAGUUGGAUAAAAGACAGUCAAGCUAUGCCUGUGAGUUGUUAUUUGGAAGUUUAUAUAGAUCAUAAAAUCUAAUAAAUUUUGUUCUACCUGGAUGUAAUCUGUGAGGAUUGGAUUAGUUAUGAUGAUUGGAUGAGAUCAGCCAACAUUUCUAUCA